GCGCGGCGACCCUCCGCGACACUUCUCCCGCGCGUGGCCGCCGGGCAGAGGUUUCACUCCCGGGAGGACCCGAGCCCGGGCGGCGCCGCCUCCUCCCGCCGCUCCGCUCCCCACCGCCGCCGCCGCGUGGAUGCCAAGUACCAGCUUCCCGGUCCCUUCCAAGUUUCCACUCGGCCCUCCGGCUGCCGCCCGCGGGAGCGGACAAACUUCGGGGCCCGCGCCGCCCGCCCGCCGCACCAUGAAGUCGGCGGAGGAAGAACACUACGGUUAUGCCUCCUCCACGCUCAGCUCCGGUCUGCCACUCCCCACCACACACCCCUCGCUGCCGGCCCAGUGCCAGGACCUACAGCCGUCCACCCCAGGCCUCUCAGCCGUCCCGGCUGCGGGGCAGCCUUCGGGAUACGCGGGCACUGUGGAUGGUGGGCCCUCGGGGUACUUCCUCUCCGCCAGCAGCAUCCGGCCUAACGGAGGCCCAGCCCUGGAGAGCCCACGCAUCGAGAUCACGUCGUACCUGGGUCUGCACCACAACAGCAGCCCAUUCUUCCACGACGUGGAGGUGGAGGACGUCCUGCCCAACUCCAAACGGUCCCCCUCCACAGCCACGCUGCACCUGCCCAGCCUGGAGGCCUACCGCGACCCCUCGUGCCUGAGCCCAGCCAGCAGCCUGUCCUCCCGCAGCUGCAACUCCGAGGCCUCGUCCUACGAGUCCAACUACUCGUACCCAUAUGCAUCCCCCCAUACGUCCCCAUGGCAGUCUCCCUGCGUGUCCCCCAAGACUACGGACCCCGAGGAAGGCUUUCCCCGCAGCCUGGGGGCCUGCGGCCUUCUGGGCUCACCGCGGCACUCCCCGUCCACCUCACCGCGCACUAGUGUCACCGAGGAGAGCUGGCUGGGGGCCCGUGGCUCCAGGCCCGCAUCCCCCUGCAACAAGAGGAAGUACAGCCUCAACGGCCGGCAGCCCUCCCACUCCCCCCACCACUCGCCCACGCCGUCCCCGCACGGGUCCCCACGGGUCAGCGUGACUGACGACACGUGGCUGGGCAACACCACGCAGUACACCAGCUCAGCCAUCGUGGCAGCCAUCAAUGCCCUGACCACCGACAGCAGCCUGGACCUGGGCGAGGGUGUGCCCGUGAAGGCCCGCAGGACCGCCCUGGAGCCUUCGCCCUCAGUGGCACUCAAGGUGGAGCCGGCCGCGGAGGACCUGGGCGCCAGCCCACCCACGUCCGACUUCCCCCCUGAGGAGUUCUCCACCUUCCAGCACAUCAGGAAGGGCGCCUUCUGCGACCAGUACCUGUCCGUGCCGCAGCCUCCAUACCAGUGGGCCAAGCCCAAGUCCCUGUCCCCCACGUCCUACAUGAGCCCGUCUCUCCCUGCCCUCGACUGGCAGCUGCCCUCCCACUCUGGCCCGUAUGAGCUCCGGAUCGAAGUGCAGCCCAAGUCCCACCACAGAGCUCACUACGAGACUGAGGGCAGUCGGGGGGCCGUGAAGGCAUCAGCUGGAGGACACCCCAUUGUGCAGCUGCACGGUUACUUAGAAAGCGAGCCGCUCACACUACAGCUGUUCAUCGGGACUGCGGAUGACCGCCUGCUGCGGCCUCAUGCCUUCUACCAGGUCCACCGAAUCACGGGGAAAACUGUCUCCACCACCAGCCACGAAGCCAUCCUCUCCAACACCAAAGUCCUGGAAAUCCCACUUCUGCCGGAAAACAACAUGCGAGCCAUCAUCGACUGUGCCGGAAUCCUAAAGCUCAGAAACUCUGACAUUGAGCUGCGCAAGGGGGAGACGGACAUCGGGCGGAAGAACACCAGGGUGAGGCUGGUUUUCCGAGUCCACGUCCCCCAGCCCAACGGCCGGACACUGUCCCUCCAAGUCUCCUCGAACCCCAUCGAAUGUUCCCAGCGGUCGGCCCAGGAGCUACCCCUCGUGGAGAAGCAGAGCACGGACAGCUACCCGGUCAUCGGCGGGAAGAAGAUGGUCCUGUCUGGUCAUAACUUUCUGCAGGACUCCAAGGUCAUUUUUGUGGAGAAAGCUCCAGAUGGCCACCACGUCUGGGAGAUGGAAGCGAAAACGGACAGAGAGCUGUGCAAGCCGAACUCUUUGGUGGUUGAGAUACCACCUUUUCGCAAUCAGAGAAUAACCAGCCCCGUGCAAGUCAGUUUCUACGUCUGCAACGGGAAGAGGAAGAGAAGCCAGUACCAGCACUUCACCUACCUUCCUGCCAACGUUCCAGCUAUAAAAACAGAGCCCACUGAUGACUACGAGCCUGCUGCGACCUGUGCGCCAAUGAGCCAGGGCUUAAGUCCCCUCCCGAGGCCGUACUACAGCCAGCAGCUCACGAUGCCACCCGACCCCGGCGCGUGCCUCAUGGCCGGCUUCCCUCCCUGUCCGCAGAGGAGCGCCGUUAUGUCCACACCUCCCAGCAUGAGCCCAAAGCUCCAUGACCUUUCUUCUGCCGUCUACACCAAGGGCCUUGCCAGCCCAGGCCACGGUCACCUCGGACUCCAGCCUCUGGCUGGAGAGGUCCCCAUCAUUCAGGAAGUGCCAAGGCCUCUGGUCCCGCUCCCAGGCUCGCCCGAGCAGCCACCCCCCGCCAGGCUGCAGCCGCAGGUGAGUCAACAUCUGAGUAGUAGCUGCUCCCUUGGUUACCAGCAAACACUCUGUCCCCAAAGCCCCUCUUCUCCACCUCUGCCCGUGGCCCAAGAGCCAGCCUGCUUGCAGUCCUGCAGCCCAGCCCACCUGGCCACGACGGGCCACCAGCAGCACCAACUGCCGAAGGUUCACAGAAAUGCGUCUCCAGCCACUCGGCCGCUGUCACUGCCUGAGGUGCGUGAGGACAGUAGUCAUAAUUUGGCCCCUAUUCCUGUAACGAUCAAGCGAGAACCUGAGGAGUUGGACCAGUUGUACCUGGACGACGUAAAUGAAAUAAUACGGAAUGACCUCUCCAGCACAAACACCCAUGCGUAGUUUGCCACGUUGGAGCCCACUCAGAAGCUGUGUGGUGUCAGUUCAGCGGGGACAGUUGAGCUUCAGCAUGCAAAGACUUUUGACAAAAUAAACUGAACACACCUGGUACCACUCCACACUUCCAACUUACUGAAUGCUAGGAUCUGAAGAUUACCUUCUAUGUACUAAGAAGUCACUCUCUAACAGGAAGGAAGGAAGGAAAGAAGACAAACCACUGUAUCUCUUGAAGGAAAAGUCAUCUCAAGAAAACAGAAGUGAGGCGGGGAUAGGGGGAAUGCAGGAGACAGACCUCACAGGUGCCUCCCACGGCAUGGCCGUCCCGCUCCAAGUCUGACCCUUUGGGCGCCCCUGGAUUUCAAUACUGGAAGUGCCUUAUUUAACCAUCAUGUCAGGGCAUCGUAGACCUGAGCAUUGAAUUUGCUUCCAUGAGAGCGUUUGUGGAGCAAAGUCUAUAAAAGCAUUUCAUUUUGAGGCUUUUUGUGUAAAUUAAGAGAAUACUGGCAAGCUAUGGGUUGUGAGAGAAACCCAGCGUGAGUUUCCUACUUCUUUCAACUUUUCCUGGGCUAUAAUAUCCAAUGUUGUUGCCUUACCCAGUGCAUUUUAGAAAUCUACCAAUCUGUCAUCUCCGUUCUUUCAUAAUAUACUUCUCUCCUCUGCAUUACUAAAACCAUAGGAUUGUUAAUAGUAGCAUGCUAGGAUUUUUGUUUUUAAUCUUGGCUUCGAACAUAGCACAAGUAAGUUGAAUAGCACAAAAUAGGUUACUGGACAAGAAAACAAUCUAUCUGUUACAGGAUAGGUCUUGCGUUUGCAUGUAUGUACAUAUACAGGCAUAUAUUUAUGUAUAAAUAAUAAAUAACUGAGAUGGUGAUGAUCAGUCUUUGCCCGGCAAGGGCUUCCACAUUAGCAAUAAACAGUGUCCAUUUUGGAAAAUGCACCUAAAACUCCACACCUGGAUCUCCAGCUACUUCCAUGGGGUCUGUCCCCCUCUGACAGAUGGCAUCUCACACUUAGAUGAGCACUUUAGAAAGCCAGGAGCAGUGCAUUAGAAAUGCCCGCAGGCGACCAGACAGCAAAAUUAGAAAGUAAUUGUAAAUAACGUUACAAAAGGAGUGUAAUAUAUUUGUUCAGUUAUAAGAUUAUUAUUUCACAGAAGCCUUAUAGCUCUCUGCUUCAUCUAAGAAAACAAUUACCAAAAACAAUGUUUUAAUAUGCAGCGCUGUGUAGUAUGUUUUCAGAUUAGUUACUGUUGACAGAUAGAGUAGGUUUUCCUACUGCAUUUUGUACAAUUAACUGCUUAUUACACAUUAUUACUAGCAGUGACCUAUUGUUUCAUAUAACCAAAAAGCAUGGUUUAAUUCAAACAUGUUUACCCUAAUAAUUGUGCCUUAGGAGUUAAUGCCCCCUUAUGGAACACGCCCGAACUGCACCCAUGGGUGGAGGUUGUACGUUACUAAGUCAGUGAGCAUGAUGUCAGGAUGGAGGAAGAGCUCUCCCACAGAAAGAACUACCUUUCAAAUACUCUUCUGUAGGAUUGUGUCUGCCUUUUUUUUUUUUUUAACUCGCAGAAAGAAACAAAAAUCUGAAAGCCAUAUUUGAACAUUUGCCCCCGACUGUGCAGAGCUGAAGACACGUGGCUUCAUGCACACGCACUCCGUCCACCCCGCAGGCUGGCUCUCCCGCCUACAGCCCCGUUAUUUAUCCUGCAUUUAGCGUCGUACGAGUUGCAUGCAACAUUUCUUGGUAGACUGUCAUAUGAAAAGGAAAUGUUUGAUAUUUCUGUCAGCUGUCUUUGUAGUUAGAAAAUAGAUCCAAUAAAGCUGUAUUUUUUUGCUGGACAA